UAUUUCGGGGCACCCCAAUAACAGAUUUCCCUUGACCCACCUUUACCCUUUUUUCUCGUCAACAAAUUUUUUCCCCAAUUCUAAUUUCUCCUUCUUCUCUCCCUCGAAUAGACCUCGAUUUUUCUUAUCGACGAUAAAAUCAACCUCCGAUCCUUCUAAUUCGUCUCAUUCUCUAUUGAUUGAUACCUAUUUUGGCUCUAGCCGCGCGGAAAUCGAAUUCCGAGGUUAGGGUUUCAGAUCUAUCGUUUUUUCACCAGAUCUGUUCGAUUAUGUCGUAGGAUUCGUGAAAUUAAACCUUUUUCUAUCUCAAUUUUGUUAUUAUCCUUUGAUUUCUCUCAAUUUUGUAAAAUUAAAAAAGGAUCGAUUUUUUCCUAUGAAUAGUUUGGGAUUUUGGGGAUUUUUUGCUUAAUCCGUUUUUCUUCUGCUCAAUCGCAUCAAUUUCUGGUUGAUUUGAUCUUUUGAUUUUUUAAAGCCUCGAAUCUGAAUUUGGGGAUCUAGGGUUAGGUUUUUUUCUUCUUCCUAAAAUUGUAAUUUAUCGUUUUCGCUCACGAUUUCCAGAAAAACCAAAAACAUUUCAUCCGAAUUUCUGAUUCCGAUUGUCAAUUGAUCCUAAUUAGCUCAAACCAAAAGAUCUUUUGCUCGAUUUUACGAAGACUUCUCCCAGUUAAAUAUGGUGCAGAAAAGACCAUUUGGUGAAGAAGAGUUGUAUGAAGUUUCAUCGAAGCAACCGAGACAUGUAGAACCAAGUAGACAGCUAGUUUCCUUUUUGGAAUUUCCAUGUGAAUCAGUGGCUCCUCCUAAGUGUUACACUUCAGGUGGAGAAGAUGACAAAGCUGCCACUGACAAGAGACCUGGUAGUGGCAAUGUCGCUGAAGUCCAUAUUUCUACUGAGAAAGGAACUGAGAUGAGCUUUCAUGGCUCUGCUUCGAACUCUUCCUGGGCCACUAGUAGCACCAGCGAAGAAGAUAUCAGGUCCGAGGCACCUUUUCACAUAUUGGCAGCCUCUGAGUAUUACAAUAUUGAUCCUCCAUUCAGAGUUGUUAUUCAUCCAAGGGAGGUCUAUGCCUCUCUUUUGAGCAAUUCGCCUCGAAAGUUGGUCUCCAUUGGACCAGAUUUCCAAGCUGAAUUACCAGAAUGGGGUGCAUAUGAUAGUAGGAAUAAAUCCAUCAAGGAGUGCACGAAUGGAAGCCUGAAUCUUCCAUCUCAAGAUCUAGAAUCAGAUUUUGUGGAUCAUUGUGAUGAAGAGAGUAAACUUGCUGGGACUUGUAUCAUUCCAAUGCCUAAACUAGAGCUACCUGCAGACCAUGAGGAGAACGUGGGAGCAGGAAAAAUUGAGUGCUCCUGUGAAGAUGCUGGUUCCUUCGGAUGUGUUCGACUGCAUAUCAUGGAAACUAGGUUGAAGCUUAAGGAAGCCCUAGGUGAGGAAACAUUUGUUAGGUUGGGUUUUUAUGAUAUGGGAGAGGUAGUGGCAGAGAAAUGGCGUGAAGAGGAAGAGGAAUUAUUUCACGAGGUUGUAUUUUUCAAUCCUGCUUCACUAGGCAGGAAUUUCUGGAACCAACUUGCUGUUGAAUUUCCUUCACGGAGUAGGAGAGAACUCGUUAGCUAUUAUUUUAAUGUCUUUAUUUUGCGGAAACGUGCCAAGCAGAACAGGUUUGACCCGUUAAAUAUAGACAGUGAUAAUGAUGAAUGGCAGGAGAUCGAUGACGAUGUUGUUGCUGCUGAAGCUAAAAUGACGGAUGAGGAUGAGGAUUCCGUGGUUGAAUCACCAGUAUACCAAAAUUAUCCUGGUAGCUAUGAGAUAUAUGACAAUGAUAAAAAAGCAUAUGAUGAGGAAGCUGGUGGUGCAGCCUUGGAAGAUUAUAGGACUAUAGAUUUUGGCAGGAGGAAUGUCUUGAGUGAUGAGUCAGAAGCAUGUCCUGAUAAGUUGAUUGAUAAUAACAACAGUUCUGGACACAAUAUUCAGCCUCUAGAAAGACAUUCAAAUGAAAUAGGUGACCAUGAUGUACAAGAUAACUCUUGUACCACUGAUGCAGCUGAGCUUGGUUCAGAAGCACCACAAGUAAAGACUGACAAUUCUAAACACUGGGCAAGUAAUUUUGCUGGUGUUGGAAGUGGCAGUGGGCAUGAUUUUGUGAUGGGGCCAUCUAAUGGUAAGGAAUGGGACAUCGGGUACUUAAGCUGUGCUAAAAAUAAAGUUGACCUGUUACCAACCUGCACUAUGAUUGAGGAAGUCUUUGGAGAUGGAGCCUGGAGUUCCAAGAACAAAGAUGGUCAUGGUUUAGGCUAAGUGUUGACAUAUUCACCCACUGUUACCAACCUGCACCGGUUUUUUUUUGCUGUUGAAUCAUCCUGGGAAUGCUUCUUAUGGAGAGUGGAGUCCAUUUUUUCUUGUAUAUUGUUAGUGGUGGAACGAGAAAGCAUGUAAGAAAUGAUUUUGCAAGGGGGAUGUACAUCAGCUGAUUUAUACAUGGCCGUUAUCAAAUUAUUUUAUUGCCAUUGUUUCAUAUUGAAACACACCAAUUUGAGAUUUUCGACCUUGCUUUGGGGUGGCUGUAGGAAGCUGUUUUCAGGUAGGCGCUUAGUAUUUAUAUAUGUAAAGUUUUAUGGCCGAGUUGAGCCAUAUUUGGAGAAAUGGAAAAAGAAAUCUUUUAAAUCUGAUAUGUGCCAAAUUUUGAUUAUUCUUUUGUAUAACCAUGGACAAAGAAGAAGUUUUAAAA